CUCUCUUGCCGUAGUGUGGUGGGGCAAUGUCGACGGGCGGGAACGGCGGCGGCGUCGGCGUGCGGCGGCGGAGGUGGAACCUGUACUGGUGCUACGUGUGCCGCCGGGCGCUGCGGGUGGUGGUGCCUUCGGCGACGUCCGACGUCUACUGCCCGCGCUGCUUCGGCCGCUUCCUCCACGAGAUCGACCUGCCGGUGCCGCGCGUGAGCCCGCCGGCGGAGGACCAGUUCUUCCAGCCGCCGUUCUUGCCGUACGACGGCCCACGCCGCUGGGUCCUCUACACUGGCGGCGGCGGCGGCGGGGACUACGGCGGCGCUGAUGUAACGGCGCGCCGCCGCCGCUUGCCGUCGCCACCGCCGGCGCCGGGAACGCGGCGCCAGGACGGUGCAGGCGAUGGCGAUCCACCUCCACCGGCGCCGGCCAUCGAUCCGGGGGAGUACUUCGCCGGGCCCGACCUGAACGCGCUGAUCGACGCGCUCACGCAGGACGACCGCCCCGGGCCGCCGCCGGCGCCGGAGUCGGCCAUCGAGUCCCUCCCCACGGUGCACAUCUCGCCGGACCAUCUCCCCGCCGACGGCGGCUCGGAGUGCCCCGUCUGCAAGGAGGAGUUCGAGCUCGGGGAGGCCGCGCGCGAGCUGCCGUGCAAGCACGCGUACCACUCAGACUGCAUCGUGCCAUGGCUCCGGCUGCACAACUCCUGCCCCGUCUGCCGGCAGGAGGUGCCGCCGCCGCCGGAGCCGGACGGUGAAUCUCCGGGCAUCGACGGCGGCUGUGACGACGGUGUCGGAGGAGGUGGAGAGCCGGCUGAGCCGCCACGGCCGGCCAUGGCCGGCUGGGACCCUAUUGCGCUGCUGGCGAUUGCACUACGGCCGGACUUGAAUGGUUGGGAGAACAGCCAUGGCCGGAGCGAGAGUGAAGCGGAUGACGAUGAGGUCGCCGGCGGCGGCGUCAGUACGACGGCGAUGAUCCAUUCCUUUUUCGUUGUCGCAGCUUGUUUCCUCUUCAUUUCUUUCCUUGUUUAAUAAUACAUAGAGAACUUUUAGUACUGUGUUUGGAAGUGGAUUCUAAACUCUCAUGGGACAUCGGGUUGUUUACAUGUCAUAUACAUAAUUUAAUUAGAUAGAUUAAUAUACAAUAUAUCACUUCAUAAACAUGCAAAUUAAAAAUUAAUUUCUAUUUUAA